AUGGGUUGCUCCAUCCUCCAGGAGAUAGAGGACAUCAAGCCCUGCUCUGCCCUGUGCAGUGGCUCCUGGCAGCAAGUGGCACUGGGAGGAGCUGCCAGCGUGGUUGUGGGCCACCCCCUGGACACGAUCAAGACUCGUUUGCAAGCUGGACAAGGGUAUGGAAAUACACUCAACUGUGUUCUCACUGUGUACAGAAAUGAGUCUGUGGCCGGCUUCUUCAAAGGCAUGUCCUUCCCGCUGGCCAGCAUCGCCGUCUACAGCUCCGUGGUGUUCGGCGUCUUCAGCAACAAGCAGCGGCUCCUCAGCGGCCUACAGCGCCGUGAGCCAGCCCGCGCCCCGGUGCUCGCCGACGUGGCUCUGGCCAGCGUGGUGGCAGGGUUCAUCUCCGUGGGCAUCGGCACUCCUGUGGACCUGGUGAAGAUAAGGCUACAGAUGCAAACACAGCCGUACAUCAAAGCAAAUGUUAAACUAAAGCCCACAGUUCCCGGAUUUCCUGUGUACCAGGGCCCAGUUCACUGCUUUAGGACAGUCCUGCAGAAAGAGGGGAUAGCAGGAAUAUACCGAGGCGCGGGAGCAAUGCUUCUGAGGGAUGUUCCUGGGUACUGCCUCUAUUUCAUCCCCUACACUUUUUUCUGUGGAUGGAUUACCCCUGAUGGAUGCAUCUCCCCUAAUCCCUCCUCCGUCUGGCUGGCAGGGGGUGUAGCAGGAGCCAUUUCCUGGGGGACUGCUACUCCAAUGGACGUUGUGAAAAGUCGACUUCAGGCAGAUGGAGUUUAUUUAAACAAGUACAAAGGGACCCUUGACUGUAUCUUGCAGAGCUACCAGAAUGAAGGCUUAAAAGUGUUUUUUAGGGGCAUCACGGUCAAUGCAGUGCGAGGAUUCCCAAUGAGUUCAGCCAUGUUUCUUGGCUAUGAACUUUCCCUCAAAGCAAUGAAAAGAGACCAAACUGAGACCAAUCCUUAA